CCAACUCAUCGGCGUCAGUUGACUGUAAAACUAACACACUCAAUCAAAGCCUUAAUAUCAUGAACAACAAAUGAAAUGGUACUGGUAGUACCAGUAUUCACGUCACGAAGGAAACGUCCCUUUCUCACUUUUGCCACCGACUAUUCCUUCAGAUCUCUCAUCAGUUUCAGAGCCCCAAUUCUGUUUCUGCUCCAUAGCACUCUUAACACUUUAUUUGCUCAAAUUUUCUGUUUAGUUUGGAAGUUUCUAUCUAGGUCUGAUCCCUGAUGCCUAAUUUGGUCUGAGGCCUCAACUUUGUGUUUCCAAAAUUUCUAUCUGGGUCUGAUCACUCCCAUCAGUUUCAGAUACCCAAUUUGCUCUGUAGACCCGUACUUUGUGUCUCAUUUCCCUCAAUUUCUCAAAAUUUCCAUCUGGUUGUUAACAAUUUCAUCUCUUUCAGAACCCCAAUUCUGUUUCAUCUCCAAAAGGCUCUCACUUUUUGAGGUUCGUUGAUACAAUUGUCUGUUUUUAGCUUCAGAAUUUCCAUCUGGGUCUGAUCAGUUUACUCUAAACACUCAAACUUUGUCUUUCAUUGUCUUAAUUCUUCAAACUGGGCUCUCAAUUUUGCCUCCACCCAUUAAAAAAAAAAUUACAUUUUGAGCUGACAAUUUCGGCAUUAUUAUAAUGCACGCCAAGUCCGAUUCCGACGUCACGAGCUUAGCACCGUCGUCGCCGCGAUCGCCGAAGCGGCCAGUGUACUAUGUCCAGAGCCCAUCUAGGGAUUCAAACGAUGGCGACAAGUCCUCCACCAUGCACGCCACGCCGGCCUUCAACAGCCCAACGGAAAGCCCAUCUCACCCUUCCUACGGCCGCCACUCGCGGGCCUCCUCCGCCAGCCGGGUCUCCGGUACCUUUAAAGGUUCCCGGAAACGCAGCAACGAUAAAGGUUGGCCUGAAUGCAAAGUGAUCGAAGAAGAAGGGGACUACAAUGGGCUCUAUGAGGAGAAGGGCAUUUCUAGAAGAUGCCAGAUUUUGAUGGCUUUGUUUGGGUUUAUUGUCAUCUUUUCGAUUUUCUGCUUGAUUCUUUGGGGUGCUAGUAGACCUUACAAAGCUCGGGUUGCUGUUAAGAGCUUAGCUGUUCAUAACUUUUAUUUCGGGGAAGGAUCGGACAUAACUGGUGUGCCUACGAAGAUGUUGACGAUGAAUUGUUCAAUGAGGAUGAGUGUGUACAACCCUGCUACGUUUUUUGGUAUUCAUGUCAGCUCCACCACAAUUAGCCUUAUGUAUUCAGAUAUUGCUGUUGCAACUGGUCAGUUAAAGAACUACUAUCAACCAAGAAAGAGCCACCGGAAUGUGGCUGUGAACCUCCAAGGAGUGAAGGUGCCUUUAUAUGGGGCUGGGGCGAGCUUAGCAGUCGACGAUACCAAUGGAGGAGUUCCGAUGACACUCGUGUUUGAGGUUCGGUCACGAGGGAAUGUGGUGGGGAAGUUGGUGAGAACAAGGCACCGGAGGCGCGUAUCUUGCUCCAUGGAUGUAGACUCUCAUAAAACCAAAGCCAUCACAUUAAAAGCGAGUUCAUGUACGUACAAGUGAGCAACUGGGUUUCACCUGAUACUACUAUGAAUACUGCCCGGCAAAUUUCUCUACUUUGUUUUGCACUUUCUUCAUGGAACUGGCACAAUUCUAUUAUAGUUAUAGUUCAGUUUGUGAUAGUGAGUUAUAUUGUGCGCCUUCUGCUUGGCAUGGAAUAGUUUUCACUCUUAUCUUGUAAUACGACGUUGCACACCUCUGCAUAGAGGGUAUUAUACUAGUCGGAAUUGAAUAGUCAUAGUAAGUUUUUCUUUCAA